UGCGGGAGAGGUGAGCCAUCUUCCCCCGGCAGACUGAUACACUCUGAUAGAGCCUGGACCAGAGGGAUACGGGAAAAAUACUGAGGAUCCCGGUGUCAUUUGGAGGCUGAGACGAUUAUAGGACACCAACACAACCGGUGUCAGUCGGGAAGGAAGAUCUCUGAAGGACUCAUCAGAAUUUCGGCAACAGAGCUGACCGAGGGACCAGCUUUUAACGUCAGACAGAAGGCUCUAAUACUAAUACAAAGAACGGAAACAUUGAGCUAGGAGCGGGGAUUAAUAUCGAUAUAUGAACUGUAUGUAACCUAGGAAAAUGCAAAAGUCCAGAAGAUAGGUGGUAUAAAUAAGCAUGUAGUCCCUGUCGUCCGACAGGUGUAUACCCUCACCAGUAAAUGUAAACAAACAGCUCUUCAAGCUAGCUAAGUUAGCUUAGUUAGCUUUCUAUUGCUAACGUAAGGUAACGUUAGUUGUACCGAAGCAGAACGAAGGCAAACCGAGCUGAAGAAGUCUGUCGUCGGCUUCAACACCAAAUUCAACCUCAACAUAGUCGUCUGCAGCGAAUGACAGCGGUGUGUAACGUUAUUUUCUCAGUAUGCAGCUAUUAGCAUAAUUAGCCUAACGUCGGCUACAUGUUCUUUACAUUAGCAGCCCAGCACAAUAACAUUAAACUAGCACACUAAAUGUGGAACAAAGAAGACAAUUUGACAAUACUACGUGUGUUUUUGACAUCGACUCGUUUAAAAUAGCUAUGAGUGUGAUUAAACACUUUUACACAGGAUUGGUGUAAUGCUACAAUAAAUAAUCUAGAUAGUCAUCGUAGUCCAGUUUGUUGGUUGAAAAGAGUAGAACGUCGGGAUGAAUGAAAACAACUUAGUGGUCUCUUGAAGAUCUAAUCACACUGCUAACCACAGCCAGCGUUUUUGCAAAGCUACAUGUCGUAUUGGCGUUCUUGGCUGCAUGGUGGGUGGAAAUGUGUGUAUGACCGCAACAAUACUUAGCUGGUGAGUUUGGCUCGUUUCUCUCGGCGGCGGCAGUCGGUAAUAGUACCGUCACACAGACGACAGGACCUUCUGUUCAAAGUAAUAACGUUAGGCUGUAAAGGGAGCCAUAACUCAGCCAGGCAGCAUGGAGUGGGUUAUUACAUCGAUCUAAAUGACUAGUAGUUUGAUUUGACUGUGUAAGAGACCUGAGGAAGUUACAUUUAGACUUUUACUUUGUGGUUGUAGUUUUGAAGUGUACAGCGUUAUAUCCCUGCAGCCUAUUUAAAGGAGACCACCGCCUUGUCAGAGUUUGUGUUAUGUAGCUGUGUUUGAGGGCCCAGCGGUAAGCCUCUCAGCUGUGUUUUGGUUGCUAGUGGCCUCCCCUCCCCCAGUCUUGAGACUCUUGAUUCUCCCCGAGUGUUGGACACUGCUCGCCGGGUUUCCCCUUGAUUGUUAGAGUAAAGAAAGGCCGUGGCCUCAAGUCGCAGUCCUCUGGACUUCGAAGCAGUUAAAAAGUGGAUGUAAUGGAACUGAUGUUCGCCGAGUGGGAGGAUGGGGAGAGGUUCUCCUUCGAAGACUCGGACCGGUUCGAGGAAGACUCUCUGUGCUCCUUCAUCUCAGAGGCCGAGAGCCUCUGUCAGAACUGGAGGGGAUGGAGGAAGCAGUCCGCGGGACCCAACUCCCCAACUGUCAAGAUUAAAGAUGGCCAGGUGAUUCCACUGGUGGAGUUGUCAGCGAAGCAGGUAGCAUUCCACAUCCCGUUCGAGGUGGUGGAGAAGGUCUACCCCCCUGUCCCAGAACAGCUUCAGCUCCGCAUCGCCUACUGGAGCUUCCCCGAGAAUGAGGAGGACAUCAGGUUAUAUUCUUGCCUGGCUAAUGGGAGUCCCGAUGAAUUCCAACGUGGAGAGCAGCUCUACAGGAUCAGAGCUGUCAAAGACCCCCUGCAGAUCGGCUUCCAUCUGAGUGCUACAGUGGUGUCCAGUCAGGCCGGUCAAUCUAAAGGAGCCUACAACGUGGCUGUCAUGUUUGAUCGCUGCCGCAUCACUUCCUGCAGCUGCACCUGUGGUGCUGGGGCCAAAUGGUGUGCCCAUGUGGUGGCACUCUGCCUCUUCAGGAUCCACAAUGCAUCAGCAGUGUGUCUGAGGGCUCCAGUCUCUGAGUCUUUAUCCAGGCUGCAGAGGGACCAGCUCCAAAAGUUCGCCCAGUACCUCAUCAGUGAGCUGCCUCAGCAGAUCCUACCCACAGCUCAACGGCUGCUAGAUGAACUGCUGUCCUCUCAGUCUACUGCCAUCAACACCGUGUGCGGAGCUCCAGACCCCACUGCAGGCCCUUCAGCGUCUGACCAGAGCACUUGGUAUUUGGAUGAGUCGACCCUGAGUGACAACAUCAAAAAGACACUGCACAAGUUCUGUGGGCCUUCACCUGUCGUCUUCAGUGAUGUAAACUCCAUGUACCUGUCGUCCACGGAGCCACCAGCCGCCGCUGAAUGGGCGUGUCUGCUGCGACCUCUGAGGGGCAGAGAGCCAGAAGGCAUCUGGAACCUUCUGUCCAUCGUCAGGGAGAUGUUCAAGAGACGAGACAGCAACGCUGCCCCGCUUCUUGAGAUCCUCACUGAGCAGUGCCUCACCUACGAACAGAUCAUCAGCUGGUGGUACAGUGUUCGGACCUCAGCGUCCCACAGCAGUGCCAGUGGCCAUACGGGGCGCAGCAAUGGCCAGUCAGAGGUGGCGGCUCAUGCCUGUGCCAGCAUGUGUGACGAGAUGGUGGUGCUCUGGAGGCUGGCAGUGCUCGACCCCACUAUGAGUCCCUGCAGGCGCCUGGAACUGUCAGGCCAGCUGAAGCAGUGGCACCUGAAAGUUAUAGAGAUAGUGAAGCGAGGACAGCAUCGCAAGUCCCUGGAUAAACUGUUCCAGGGCUUCAAGCCCGCUGUGGAGUCCUGCUUUUUCAACUGGGAGGUGGCCUACCCGCUGGAGGGCAUCACUUACUGCAGCGCUGAUAAGAAGAGCGCCACAUUCUGCUGGUCCAGGGCAGUGCAGCUCCAGAGAGGAGCCAAAGCUGCUGCAGGAGGGGGUGGAGAAUCUUCUGAACCAGGGGGAGGGGUGAGAGUUGAAGGUGGAGCUGGGGGGGAUUAUAAAGGUAGAGGAAGUGGUCACUCGUCCCAACAGGAGGUGGCAGUGCGACCCAAGGAAACCAUACUGACCAAGAGGAAGGGUCUGUCAGUGAGCGGAGGGGGAGGGAUGCUGGUCCGUCUGGGAGGGAGCGUCUCUCUGUCCCUGGAAGACGGAGGAGGGAAGUGCAUGUACAAAGGGCCAGGCUCCUCCUCUGGAGGGAAACUGAAACUGACACAGGGAGGUGGGAAGGGGGCAUCUGUAGGAGGGCCCGGAGGAAGUGGAGGGCUAGGAGGUGGUAAGCAUGCCAAUGCCAAGCGGAGAACCAGCAGUGAAGACAGCUCCCUGGAGCCAGACCUGGCUGAGCUCAGCCUGGAUGAUGGCUGCAGUCUGGCUCUGGGGGCUGAGGCCAGCAACACUUUUGAGUUUCUCCCUCCACCGCCAGAGAUGUUGCCCUCCCCAAGUCCACUGCUCCGAGACUCACGCAAGUACAGCAGCAGCAACGGGGGGGGCAAGAUGUUUGAAACGAAGCAUGUCGGCCAUGCCUCAGCUGGACUUCCUGCUGCGGAGCCUGCUCCACCUUGUUUCCCUCCAAAAGAGACAGUGCCGGUUGUUAUGGACAUACCUGGUGCUGCAGAGCUGGCGGUGGAGCCUGUCCAGAACAGAGAGGAAGAUGUAGACUCGGCAGGCAGUACCCAGCCUUCCACUUCCACCACUACGGCUAGAUCAGGGACCACUCAACCGUCUGCCAAGCCACCGCGGAGCCGCAGAGAGGCGGCGUUUGCUGCACCAGCAGCAGGAAGCGGGGCAGCAGCUGUGGGUGGACUAGCUAACCAAGGAGCAGAGGCAGCAGGUGGUGCUGCAGGAGGAGAAUCCGUGGGUGAGGAUGACUAUCAGGCAUACUACCUGAGUGCUGCCUCAGAGGAGGGAGCAGACAGACAGCUGGCUGACAACCACCAGGAGGAGGAGCCAGACAUCUUUGCAGGGAUGAAACCGCUGGAGCAGGAGGGGCGCAUGGAGGUGCUGUUUGCUUGUGCAGAGGCUCUACAUGCUCAUGGCUACAGUAAUGAGGCAUGCCGGCUAGCUGUGGAGCUGGCCACAGACCUGUUAGCCAACCCUCCAGAUCUGAAAGUGGAGCAGCCGCAGACUAAGGGUAAGAAGAGCAAGGUGUCAACCACCCGUCAGACGCAGGUAGCCACUAACACACUGUCCAAAGCCGCCUUCCUCCUCACUGUCCUCAGUGAACGACUGGAGCUCCACAACCUGGCCUUCAGCACCGGCAUGUUCUCCCUGGAACUCCAGAGACCACCGGCAUCAACCAAAGCUCUGGAGGUGAAGCUGGCCUACCAGGAGUCGGAGGUGGUGGCUCUGUUGAAGAAGAUUCCUUUGGGCCUGGUGGAGAUGUCAGCCAUCAGAGAGAGAGCCGAGCAGCUCAGAGACGGAAACUUCUGUGAUUACAGACCUGUGCUGCCUCUGAUGCUAGCCAGCUUCAUCUUUGAUGUACUGUGUACCCCAGUUUGUGCAGUUGUGUCCCCAACGGGAUCCCGUCCGCCAAGCCGCAACCGUAACAACGAGAUGCCUGGCGAUGAGGAGCUGGGCUUCGAGGCUGCUGUCGCCGCACUCGGUAUGAAGACCACAGUAAGUGAGGCGGAGCAUCCUCUGCUGUGUGAAGGAACUAGACGGGUGAAGGGUGACCUGGCUCUGGCUCUCAUGAUCACCUAUAAGGAUGACCAGAGCAAGCUCAAGAAGAUACUGGAUAAGUUGUUGGACAGGGAGAGUCAGACCCACAAGCCCCAGACCCUGAGCUCCUUCUACUCCAGCAAGCCAGCAGCUGGCAGCCAGCGCAGCCCAUCCAAACACACUGCCUCUGGACACAGUGGGGUGAGCGGGGCCACCGGGGGUGUCUGCAAACACACACCCUCCUCUUCGUCUGCGACCACUGUAGCGGCCUCGUCUUCCAGCUCUUCCUCUGCCGUGGCACUGGCUGGUGAAGAGGUGGCUCAUCAGGCUGAACUGAACCCAGUGCAGAACAGUUCAGCAGGGGAAGGUCCUGCUGAGACCAGGCAGCAUGUAUCAGAUGGGCCUCCGUCAUCCAAUGACCAGCAGAAUGAAACAGCUCCAUUUAAGCUGGAGGCCACUGUGCCCAGUCGGCUGGCGCUGGGGACCCGCUGUGGAUACAGCCAGCGUUGCUGGGGCUCACCUGUCAGGCAGAAGAAGAAGCACACCGGCAUGGCGAGUAUCGACAGCAGUGCUCCGGAGACAACCUCAGACAGUUCGCCCACUCUCAGCCGGCGGCCGCUCCGGGGCGGCUGGGCAGCAACCUCCUGGGGGCGGGGCCAGGACAGUGACAGCAUCAGCAGUUCAUCGUCUGAUUCCCUGGGCUCCUCCUCCUCCAGCGGCUCUCGCAGGGCAGGGGGCGGGGCCAGGGCCAAGAGCACAGACACCAGCAGAGCGGUGGUGGGCUAUGAACAUACUUAUAGAACUGGAGUCACAUCCAGGUACAAAGGGCGACGUCCAGAGUGCCACGCCCCCCACGUGCCCAACCAGCCAUCAGAGGCAGCAGCCCAUUUUUACUUUGAGCUGGCCAAGACGGUGCUGAUCAAAGCUGGAGGGAACUCCUCCACCUCCAUUUUCACCCAGCCCUCAGCCAGUGGGGGCCACCAGGGGCCCCACAGAAACUUGCACCUGUGUGCCUUUGAGAUUGGCCUGUAUGCUCUUGGCCUCCACAACUUUGUCUCACCCAACUGGCUGUCCAGGACCUACUCCUCCCAUGUGUCUUGGAUCACUGGCCAGGCCAUGGAGAUCGGCAGUGCUGCCCUCAACAUUUUGGUGGAGUGUUGGGACGGUCACCUCACCCCUCCGGAGGUGGCAUCCCUGGCUGACCGAGCAUCUCGGGCCCGGGACCCCAACAUGGUUCGGGCGGCGGCAGAGCUGGCCCUGAGUUGCCUGCCUCACGCUCACGCCCUUAAUCCUAAUGAAAUCCAGAGAGCCCUGGUGCAAUGCAAAGAGCAGAAUGGAAUCCAAGGGGGAAAAGCAGAGACACAGGUUCACUCAGUAAUAAGCAGCAGCUGCCCACCACAUGGCAGGUUCCACCCCCCUCAGGCCAACAGCAUCAACACGGCCGUUCUUAAAAUUGGAAGAAAAGGGCUAAAAUCAUCACUCAUUCAGGACAAUGUGAUGCUGGAGAAGGCCUGCAUGGCGGUAGAGGAAGCAGCCAAGGGUGGAGGUGUGUACCCUGAGGUUCUCUUUGAGGUGGCUCACCAGUGGUACUGGCUGUAUGAGCAGUCAGUGGGCGGGGGCUCAGGCCAGCAGCGAGAGACCUCUGGGCGCUGUGGGGCCAACGGCGGUUCGGGCAGGAGGCUCCCAGAGUCCACCUGUGUUGUCCUCGACAGCGGAGCCAACAUGGAGUCUCCGGGGAUGGCAACAGUCACAGCCUCAGUCACUGCCGCAGCCGUCGUACCCGUCAUCUCUGUGGGCUCCACCAUCUACCAGUCCCAUCCGAUGCCCGGGCAGGCCAUGGCUCACCCCCACAGCCAGGGCCUGCACCCGUACACCACCAUCCAGGCCCAUCUCCCCACCGUCUGCACCCCCCAGUACCUGGGACACCCUCUGCAGCACGUCCCCCGACCCACCGUCUUCCCCGUGUCUGGGGCUGCAUAUCCACAGGGAAUGCACCCAGCCUUCAUCGGUGCCCAGUACCCGUUCUCAGUGGCCACUGGCCCUCAGCCACCUAUGGCAGCCACAGCUGUGACCUUCCCUGGCGUCCCAGUACCGUCCAUGACUCAGAUCGCCGUCCAUCCCUACCACACUGAGACGGGCCUGCCCCUCAGCACCACUGUAGCAGUAGGCAGCGUCCACACGGGCCCCACCAUCCAGGCCAUACAGGGAGCAUCUCUGCCCUCCCUCUCCUCCCAGCCUGGCUCAUUGGUCACUCCUUUCCCAGCAGAGGACGAGCAGCACAGCCAGCCAAUCAGCCAACAGGGCCUGCACUACCUGCAUUCUGCCUACAGAGUUGGCAUGCUGGCGUUGGAGAUGCUGGGCAGGAGGGCACACAAUGACCACCCCAACAACUUCUCCAGGAGUCCACCUUACACUGAGGAUGUCAAAUGGUUGCUAGGACUGGCUGCAAGACUAGGAGUCAACUAUGUGUACCAGUUCUGUGUCGGAGCAGCAAAAGGCGUCCUCAGUCCAUUCGUCUUGCAGGAGAUCAUCAUGGAGGCUCUACAGAGGCUGAACCCCGCCCACAUCCACGCCCACCUCCGAACACCUGCUUUUCACCAGCUCGUCCAGCGCUGCCAACAGGCCUACCUGCAGUAUAUCCACCACCGGCUCAUCCACCUGACGCCUGCCGACUACGAUGACUUCGUCAACAUCAUCCGCAGCGCUCGAGGUGCUUUCUGCCUGACACCUGUUGGUAUGAUGCAGUUUAACGACGUGCUGCAGAACCUGAAGAGAGGCAAGCAGACCAAGGAGCUGUGGCAGCGGAUCUCCCUGGAGAUGGCAACUUUCUCCCCCUGAGCAGCACGCUCGCGGCGAGAGUGUGCUAGGCCCGGACCUGGGCAUGAGGAGUCCCAUCCAGCGCCCACUCGGCCUCCAGCACUGCUACUGCCAUUGCACUGAGCCGGCCACAUUCAUGCUGUCUGGUUGUGUCAGGGACCCUGCUCCCUGCAACGUGGACUCCAACACGUGACACAGGCAGUACAAUCAGCUCCCAUACCCCUGACCCGCAGAGACUUCCUUUUUUUGUGUGCGUUUGUCCUCCCACAGCUCAGAGGAGAAGCCGGGUCACCUUCCUGCUCUCCUCUGAUCUUGACUGACUCCUCACUCUCAUUUUAUCAUGGUUCAUGUUUGUGUAACUGUGGAAUUAAAGUGUACUCCUUCCUUUCUUUAUCUAACUCGUCUUUUCCAUUUCCCCCAAACUGAAGACAUUGACGGGGAUCUUUCACCCUCCAUCCUCACUUCGUUUCCAGUGUUUUGUAGUUUUGUUUAGUUUCGUUUUGAAUGAAACCACUGAGUGUGGGUCAUUUUCAUGCUGCAACAUUCCUGUCCAGAGUGGUAGGUGCUGUGAUGUCUCAUUCACUAAAAGCUUGUCACUAUGGAUCUGAAUCUUUGCAGAGUGGGAGAAAAGGAAGAUUUGCAAGGAAGAAAAGGUUUAAUAUGAGAAAUUAUAUUGUGAGUACAGGUGAGGAUUUUUCAGUAUUUUGUUUAAUCUUUUUUGAUACUUUGUAUAGAAUAUGACAUGUAUGCAGAAUGGAAUGGGAAGAGAAUGAGAGGAUGUUAAAGGUGCUGUUGUUGUUGUGUGGGAUCCAAAUGUACAUUUCAGCCUGCCUGAGGAGUGACAUGAGCACAGCUCCAGACCAAAACCAGAGGCCACCUAACCACUGUGUGGCCAAGCAACACUUCGAACAUCUGGAUCAGUCUUUUGUUAUGACUUGUCAGUUGGGCUGGGAAUCGUUUUCAGUUUAUCAGUUUUCUGAUGAAUUUUUUUCAGACCUCAGUAAAGCGACAUAUUUAUAUUGCUAAAUAUAAAAAUUUUCUAUAUUAAAAAAAGCCGCCUUGCCAUUUUACAAAAUAAGCCAAGGUUGUCAAAUUCCGUCUGUAAUGCUGUCUUCACAUAACUGUUCAAUAUCUCAGCUAAAAUAAAGUAAAUAAAACUAAAUUAGAAUUUACAUCCAGUGAUCAAAGAAGUUUUACAUGAAAAUAAAUCAAUCAUUGGGUGCAUCCAAGUUUUGAUGGAGAGUAAUGCAAACACACAUCAGUGUGCACUCAAAAAUACUGAGAGUCCAUACCCAGCCCUCCUUUUCAGCAUCCAACUGACUCGUUCAGAUGCAUAGACAGUCUCACAUGCUUCCCAUUAAAUUGUUUAGGAAAGCACACUAACAUUGUAUGUUUGCCAAGCUGGUCACUUAGUCCCCAUCCUUGUCUUUUCCUUGCACACAUACAGUUAGAAGCCACUGUUGAUAAAACAUUUUAUAUAUCUUAUCUUUGUGUAGCUUGUCCAAGUGUAUUUUUAGGUGAAGUAUAUUCUCCUCAGUGCGGUGCACCCAACAGGAAUGAGCGUACUUCCCCUUGUGUACAACUAUGAUUGAUUGCUUUGUCCCCCAUCAGCCACAAAGGGGCAGUAGUUAAACCCUUACUGGUUUAAAAACCCAGUUGGACAAGCCACACAAAGCUGAAAUGUAUGCUUUGUCAUAAGAGUAUGGUUUGUUUUUACAAGAGAGAAAAGAUGGUUGAUCUAAGUAGCUGGUUUGGCUAAUGUCUGCUUUUAUUGGGAAGCAUCUAGGACUGUCACACACAGUGGAAUAGUCUGGAUUGCCUUUUUUGGAUCUUCUUCAGUUCACACUUUUGCGUGAAUUUAGAGGCUCCUUGAGGUCUUUCCCAAAAUCCACAGUAUGCCGCUCACUUGUCUCUGUGAGUCUACAGCUGUGAUUUUGUGAUGCCACUACAUUGACUCUGCAGACUGUCUCACACAGGGACAGUGAAGCUCACUGGUCUAAACACUAUUAAAGGCCAGGACUUUGACACUGUGGCCCCUGAAAUGAGAGAGAGCCGUGGGUUGGCUCUGGAAAGCGCUGCUGAGAUGAGCUGUGUGAUGCACACGAGUCCAAACAUUCACUGGGCCCUGUCAGAAAUCACACACAUUGGUGUGUUUGAUGGGCCCCUUUCUUCAGCGUGGUUAGCUCAUAGACCAUGGUGCUGUUACUUUAAGACAUGUUGACUUUCCAUCUCUGUCCAGGCAGCUGCUGUGGCUCUGAACCCACCUCUUUGACUGGCUCUGGACCUCACAGGUGAAGGUGACUUAGAAAAUGUGCUGUGAUAUUUUUGUAUUCCUCAUAAAGCGUAGCUUGAUUGAAAAGUUCUAUAUGUGCUGAUUGCAAAAGGUUCUAAUUUAGAGUGAAAAGAAUAAAAAAAGAUAAAAGCAAUACUAAAAGUUUAGAGUUUACUUAAUAAAGAUGAUUCAAAACACAAA